UUCAACCUCAUCGUAGCGAGACGAGAUGGACCUGCAAGACCUCGACAUGCAUCCUUACCAACUGCUUCUUCCCUACCUAUUUUGAGCUGACCAGGAUUCUGCAUCGGCAGUGAAGAGCUGAGCAGCAUAGAUCGUGCCGGGAUCUUGUGGCGAGGAAACCACCAUUCCACGGGAUCGAGGCGGAUCAGAAAAGAUUCCCUACUCCCCUGGUCAGAAGCGACCCAGCGCUCCACAUCUGUCGCAUGGCGUCCCCAACAUCAUCCACAGCUUACCACCUCGUCUCUUUGCAAGCUCGUGAUACGGCGAUGGAAUCUGCUGUACCUCGGGACAUUCGAGUAGAGGAGCACGAUGAGAAGGUCAUACGAGCGAGGGGUGAGAGUAAGCGUGAAAGGACCAGAGAGAGCCGCAUGUCAUAUCGAAAGCUAGCUACGAGCACAGAGAAGAUUUACAUGACAGUAGCCGCUUCCGAGGCGCUAGUCGUCUUCGCCGUCGCGUUCACAGCCUUUGGGUUGAUACAGGUGAACAUAGAGACUCCGGGUCCAAAGACCAAAACGGUGCCAGUAUAUCUGUCAAACUUCAUCUUUGCCCAGAUCUUCUCACUUUUAUAUGUGUUCGACGCGCUCCGAGCCAGGAACAUCGUCCAACUCGGCCUACACCUCUGCUUUCAGUUCUGCAUCUGGCUCUACUCUGUCCUGCAGAUCCCUCAGACUGCAAAUGCGUUCAAGGGCACCCCACAGGAUCUCUGCGGAUCCUUCGAGCGAUGCACGGGUCCACAUUCCCUCUUCAACAUGAUCAAGAAACUCUAUAUUGUCACUCCCAUCGUCAUUGGCGUAUGCUCUAUCGUAUUUGCUGUCCUGGUUCACCGACUACACGUCCAGUUCGGAUGGGCAGUAUUCUACCUCGUUGGCGCGAGUCCAGAUGUCAAGCGAUAUCACAGAGAGUAUCAGAGCUUGAUCUCUCUCCUCAAGCUCUUGUUCUUCUUCGCCACUGCCUUCUGUAUCGCGUAUCUCGUCCUUGUAGCCACGGAAACCAGCAUGACAGCGGAAUUCGUCGUCACCAUCAUCGCCAUCGUACUGGUUCCAUUUGUCAUGCUGGCGUGUGGAUGGGCCUUGAGAAAGGAAAACAAGUCACUAAUGGCAAUCUGUCUAGUGUUCAUGGUCGCGGGGUUGGCGUACUUCAUUUACAAACUAGCAUCCAUGUUCUUGCCCUCGACCGAGAAUCUGUAUAUCAACACCAAGAUCACAAUGACCAUCUUUUCAGUAUUCGCCAUCCUCAUACUCAUGGCAACAUUCUCAUAUGGCGUUAUUUGUUUCAGCAACUUUGGCAAGGGGCUCAUGGAAACGCAUCAUCACCCUGAUAAUCGUACUUCGUUGUGGACCCUCGGACAGCCUCGUUUCCCUCGAAAAGGGGGCCCGCAGGAUGAGGACGGUCAUUGGAGCGGUGAAGGUCCAGAUGGCCCAGCACACAGGCGACAGGAGCCUUUCGUCAUUGAUUGAUUAAGGGUCAGUGUUAGCCAUGUAUUCAUCGGUAUCGCUUGUAGA